CGGCUUCUUGUCGUCUUCCCUGGCAAGGGUCCGGUCGGUCUGCCGCGGCAUUCCAUUGACAUUCCCGCACUCCGCACUCCCGCACCCAGACAUAGAACGAUUGAAGUAAACAUCGCAGGCUCUAUCGAGAUUGCACUCUAAUGCGCUCGUCUGACCAGAAAACAACACUCGAAUCUCCUCGUCUGGCCCCCCGCACCAUGGCAAACCUGGCCGAGUUGAAGAGACGGACAAGGGCGGAUUAUCCUUACAUUCUCGAGUACCGAACACGAUGGUGAGCCUUCGCCCACUCCAUGCCAGUGGCCAGUGUCGCAGUGGCUUUGCCCGAUGGAGCUGAACAGCCAUGCCAGGAGUGACAACGACAUGUACGAUCACAUGAACAACUCCAUCUACAAUUUUCUCUAUGACUCGGUCAUCAACACCUAUCUGAUCGAGCACUGCGGACUCCACCCCCCGUCCUCUCGACAGUACGGCAUGGUUGUCCACUCUCACAAUGACUACUUCGCGUCCAUCUCAUUUCCCGCGUGUGCGGAAUUAGCCUUGCGAGUCAACCGGAUCGGGAAGUCUAGUGUCACCUACGAGAUUGCCCUCUUCGAGAAAGGCCAGGACGCUGUCAAGUCUGUAGGGGAGUUUGUGCAGGUGUUUGUGGAUCGGGAGACUGCGAGGCCAAAUGCAAACGGAAUGGACCCUGAACUACAGCGUGGACUAGAACGUAUACUUGUCAAGAGCCGUGCAAGCAAGCUGUAGAUAUAAAGUAUAGACAACAAGACAGAUUUUACGCUAACUAUUAUCGUCUAUUGCUUUUGGAGCCCAGCGCUUCGGACUGUACUGCUGUAGGCUUCGGUACAUAGGC